UCGAAGUUCCAACUUGCUCUGCUACCAUCACUAUCCAGUGCUACCUCCCGGUCAGCUCUGCGCCAUGGAUUUUCACUUUACACCAUGUCUUGGUCAGAGUGUGCAUGUACCUAUUUCUCACCUGCACACGACCACUGCGGAAUUGUGCUUUUCCGCUACCAUCAAUUCUAGUGACUACGAGCAACUCCGACAAGAGCAGGGAAAAGUACAACUCUGGUCGGAUCUUCCGGCAAAUGGUAGAAGGGCGGGAGAUUGGGGUGAAAUCGCCUUCCAGGAAUCUACACCACUCGAAGACGACGAGCUGCCGUUGGGCUUGGACGCGGAGAACAGCGAUAAGCACGUUCUGUCCCUCGUGGUGCCCAUACCUUAUGCUGCAUACAUCCAUCGCCAAUUCUCCUUCACGUAUAGAAUUGCGUAUCCUUCAGGAGAUAUCAAGUGGCUAGGCUCGUUUGGUCACAAUGGUUCUAUUGUUAUCGAAGACAUACAGUCGGACGAGCGUGUCGGCCUAUUAGGCGAGGGUUGGAGUCGUAAUGAUAAGGAUGCACAUGUAUGGAAUGCUGGCUGCGACGUUACGGAGAGCGUUCUGAUAGCCAAAGCUUUCUAUCCCAAGCACUGGAGUGUCUGGGCGGUGGGAGCAGAUUCACUUCUCUCUGAGCCCCAGAAUGCCUGCCUACUCUUUCUCGUUCCAGUCAUCCACGGGUCACUCAUCCUUCUUCCUCAAACAUUCGUUAUGAGUGCCUCUCAAGGUACUACUCUCGCAUUCACUCCUACCGGCGAUAUCAUGGCUUCUGGAAGUGGUUCUGUUCAUCUCGAAUGCUUUGACAGAUACGAUUCAAGUGUGGCGGAUUUCGUACGCCGAGCCUUCGCAUAUUGCUCCCUGACAAAGUGUCAGCUCUUGAGCACAUCAGACCGACACGCAGUCGUGGCUUCUCCUCUCGAUCAGUAUCCCGUCGUUGCUGAUGUUGUACCGCUCGGUACAUCAAUCCUACAUUCUCAGGUAUCCAUUGAGUGGACUAAAUUUACACCUUUGACCGCCGAACUUCCGCUGUCUCUUUUCUUACCUGGUACCUCCAGAGUACGUUUCUACGAUUCUGCUGAUCAGCAGCCCGAGAGCAUUCGGUUCUCGGUUCCUCCUACAGGCGGCCAAUUCAUCCUGACACCACUCUAUAUUCUUGAAACCAAAAAUUCACAAGAGUGUCAGUUAGCCUUCCUACAAUCGCAUCUAUUAGUUCCAUCUUCUUCGUUCGGCGAUCGACAAAUCCUUCCUACUCCUCCACCAUCUCCUCUUCUACACCCUAUUGCCCAUCUCUCUCCAAUCGAAUCUCGGUUCAAUGCUUCCAGCAAUUCGAUUUCUGAGAUGGGCAUCAGCAGCAGUGGGCGAGGCAGUCCUGAUGUCUCCGAUCCAGAAGCGACUGAUGACAGCCUUUCCAUCAGCAAAGGGCGGGGUAUCAUGUUAUCUAUAAAACAUAUCUUGGCGGCGAUCAGUCUGUUCUUCUCGCUGCUGUUCCGCAAAUUACUUGGUCGUAGCCCCCCGAGUACGCAAGCAAUGGGCGAUGUCGCAGAGGUAGAAGAGCAGAGUCGUCCCAUCGACGAAACGACUCCCCUGUUGAACGACCGUAGUCACGGUCAGGGACCAAGCAGUGUAGACACUUCUACAGUUGAAACUACGGUGACAGCACGCCAUACCCCACCUUCACCUCUUGCGUCAAUAUUUGUCGAUUUCCUUGGCAGCGGAACAAUCUCUUGCAUUUUGCGAGAUCCUAUUGCAUCCACGGUAGGCUUGUCGUUGUACAAGGAUAUUUCAAUCCGGCUAGGUAGGAAAUCCAUUGAACCUCAGAAUGUCCGAACGCUUUAUGAUGGGACCGUGCUGUUUGACCUUGAAACAGGCGCUACAAAACCAGGGCUUGCGGUUUUCACAACCGUCUAAUAUCUACAAUAUCUAUAGUAUCGUUCAUUGCAAUGUUGUUUGUACUGGUUACACAAAUUGUAUCAUCGGGUUCCUUGUCGUACACAAAAAUUAUGCGGUU